UUAGCAGGAUCGCGGUAAUGUUAGGUCGUGGGUUGAGUUUUGACGCGAGGAAAGGAUUUUAUCAUGGAUAAUGGCUGUUGAGUAUCUUGGUGUUUUCCGUUAUUAUGGACAUGAGCAUUCACAAUUAUAUUUUUGGAUCAUGUUUCCAGAUAAAGUUUGAAGGUUGUAUUGGCGGAAAUCUGAGGCCUGUGCCUUGGGUUGUGGUGAAUUUACUCUUGUUUAGUCUCUAUGUAAAGAAUGUUUGUUUAUGUAUAUGCAGGAAAUAUGUUCACGUUAAGCUGUACACUGUUAAGAGACAGGAAAACAGCCAAGUUGUUUUCGGUAGAUGAUGUUGCGCUCUAAGUUUAUACUCCUACUGGGACUUCAGUUCGUAGGUCUCAUAUGGUUUCUCAAAGGUUUUUUCCCCCGAAAAGUCACACUACUGAUGCCGUUCUUACAUUCUUUAAUAAAGGAUGGCCAUGCCCUUCCCUUCACGGCGUUUUCUCAUCCACCGACGGUGACACUCCCUAGGCUCAAAGGAAUAACAACUGGCGGAACACCUAGCUUCGUUGAUGCGCUUCUCAAUGUUGCUGAUGACGCAGACCAGACUCAAGGCUUGGAGAAUGUUGAUUCGUGGAUUCAUCAGUUUAAAUUUUCUAAAGAGGAGCGGGUUCUCCACUUUUUUGGGGAUGAUACCUGGUUGAAAUUAUUUCCACCAAGUAAAUUUUUUGAACACUUCGAAGGAACAUCUUCUUUCUUUGUCAGUGACUUCACUGAAGUCGAUCUUAACGUCACAAGACACUUGUCAAGUGAAAUUGACGAUAAUUCGUGGGAUGCGUUGAUUUUGCACUAUUUGGGUUUAGAUCAUAUUGGCCAUAAAGGAGGAGCUAAGUCUGUUUACAUGGCACCUAAGCAAGCUGAAAUGGAUAAUGUACUCGAGCUUCUCUAUCAGUCUAGAGUCCAAAAUACGAACGAUACAUUAUUGGUGUUGUUAGGGGAUCACGGGAUGAAUGAUGUCGGAAACCAUGGCGGAGCAUCUGCUGGAGAGACCAGUCCAGGGCUUAUAUUAGCUUCUCCAAAGUUCACAUCAAUUAGUGAUGAGGUGAAUGCUCCGUUGAAGAGAAAUGCUGAAUAUAGUUAUUACUCGGCGGUAUCGCAAAUUGACAUAGUUCCAACUCUUGCUGCUUUGCUCAAUUUUCCCAUUCCGAAAAACAACCUUGGCAUUGUACUUUCACAAGUUCUCAAAUUAUGGGCAGAUGAAUCAUCCCAAAAGGCAGUCCUCAUGGAGAAUUGUCUGCAAUUUAUUGCUCUCAUCGCCGAGAAGUAUGAUGAAACACAUGCCACAUACAAAUCUUUUUUUGAUGAGUUUCAGCACUUGAAAAAUGAAGAAUCUUUGCCGCUCGACUCUUAUUAUUCAUUUUUAAUAAGAAGUCAAAGACUUUUGGUGGAAGAAUCCACGAAUUAUGGAUAUUUUGAUAUAGCCUAUGGGUUUGGUCUCAUAUGUGUUUCUGUCAUUUUUAUUUGGCUUGACAUUGUAAAACAUUUACGAGGCUCAUAUGGGAUCACUUGUUUGUUUGCUGGUUUUUGCAUACUUUAUUCCCUUCAUUUUCAUGGGUCCUCGCUUAUAGAAGAGGAGCAUCAGAUCUGGUGGUUUUUGACGGUAACUAUUCUCUUUGUUCAUUUGUACAUUAUGAAACUACGCAGUCGAGCAUCCUUUUUCCUAGCUCUUCUUGCCGUGCGCAUUAUUAGGGGAUGGAAUGACUCUGGCCAAAAAUAUUCAAGUGAUCACACAAUUUUCAGGUUUUUAGCCUCACAUCCUGAUAUCAAUUGGUUGUUAGUUUUGAUAACCUACGUUUCACUCACUGGUCAGACUUACUGGUACAGCUGUUGGGUGGAUUCCGUCGGAUACUCCGCGACUCCCCUGCGAUGCAGAGUAAUCAUAUCAAAUUUUUUCCGUCUUGUCACAAUAUCCGUGAUCUCGACAUUGUCAUUUUCGUUUAAGCUAGGGCAAUUUUCGAUUGAUGGGUCGAAUAUUCCACACUGGCUCACCCCAUUUCAUCUAUUCGCAAGCGAACUUUUUGGUAACUAUACUCUCAUCGAUGCGAAAGAAUUCCAAUUCAUCUAUGUUCGAGUUUCGCGGAUGUUUUUUGCAGGCUUGACUGCAGUCUUUUUGGUUCAAUUCAUACUUGUGAACAUCAGAAAUUGCAGAAGAGUUGGGAUAAUGAAUUUUUCCAACGCAGUAACUCUCUUUUUGAUUCAUCAAACGAGAAUUGAGAUCAUUCCAAUUUUUUUGGUUUUCUCCGUGUUGAAACUUGCGUAUUCAAACAUGAUUACUCAGAUAAAAGCUUCUGAGAUCAAUACCCAAGUUGUUUUGAUAACUUUAUUCUCAUUAUGCCUUCAAAAUCUUUCAUUUUUCUCCAUUGGAAAUACCAACCUGUUGGCCACUGUGGAUCUUUCUAACGCCUACAAUGGAAUAUCGGAGUAUAACAUUGCUUCUGUCGGAAUUCUCACAUUCGUCUCAAAUUUUGCUGUUGCUAUCUAUUGGUCUAUUGUCGCGACUGAGUUGUUGGCCAAUAAAAUUAUCACAUCUCAAGCAUCAAUCUGCUUCAAAGCCUUGACUUCCAUGAGAGCAUCAUUGAACUUGGCAUUCUACUCCAUUUCUGCCCUUAGCCUAAUUGGUUCCUGUAUAAACUUGAGGUUUCAUUUGUUCAUCUGGUCUGUUUUUAGUCCAAAGUUACUUUUCUUCGGUGCGUGGAUGGUUUUUAUCAACUUCAUCUUCGAAAACUUGCUCUUAUGUCUUUUUUAAACACUUGUGUGGCGGGCAAUUUUAUUGAGUGCUGGAAUAAAAUUGUCAUCAUAUGAAACAUAAUGUGGUUUACUAAGGCAGCACGAUAUGCUUCUUGCGAUAUACUGGGAAUUUCCUCAAGACACCAGUUGACUAUAUGCGUGUCUUUGUACCCAAUAUUUUCUGAUGAUGACAAGCGAGGGCGAGAUUUAAACCACAAGUCGGUCAAAACAUAGCCAAUACCCAAAGCAUACGAUAUCCCGAAUGUGAGUCUAGGCAAUGUAAAAUGCAAAUAUUGUACGGUAUAAAUAGUCAAGAAUAACCAUAUGAGAUUGUGGGAGCGGUAUCAAGCUUUAGUGGUUUUACAUACGAUAUCCAA